UGGCUGCGCGCCUCGCGUCGUUUAUUUUAGUUAGUAACGAGAUUUCGAGCGCUCAACGUUGGCGGCGCGGUUGAAAAAAGCAAAAGCAAAAUCAAAAUCAAAAGCUCAGCCACAGUGCGUACUCGCUAAGUUAAUACUGAGCGUGUUCAACUGUUUUGUCUCUGUGUGCGUGUGCGUGUCUAUGUGUAUGUGUAUGUGUAUGAGCGCGUUGUGCAGACAUGAAAUGAAUAAGAAAUUGGAAAAGCACUAAAAACACAAAACGCAAAAGAAAACGCAAAGAAACGUGUUAAAGCCAAUGGGCUAACCAAGCGAACAUCGGCAACAAUAGCAGCAGCAGUAUUAACAACAGCAACAACAACAACAACGGCAACAACGGCAACAACCGCAACAACUAAAACUAACAGCAGCAAAAUGCACACAAAUGCCACAGUGAGAUAUGUGAAGCCAUCGCAGCAGCUGAGGCUUAAUCUGGAUUUCGAUAUUUCCAAUCAACAGUCGGAACCCGAUAUUGCAAGGAAAACAAAUCUGCAAAUGUCUGCAAAAAAUUGCAAAAAUAUUCAACAACGUCGAGGACGACGACGACGACAUGCCCACAGAGGAGGAGGAGGAGGAGGAGGAGGAGAAGAUGGCGGCAGAGGAGUAUUUGGAGGUGGAUUUGUUGGCAUUUUUUGGUCCAUCAAUUUGGCCAUUUUGAUUUGCCUGGCACAUAGUACGAAUGCCGUGCCCACCGACAGCGGCAACAGCAACAACAGCAACAACAACAACAACAGCAGCGCAUCCUCCACUGUCGUCAUGGUCGCGUUCACGCCGAGUAGCAUCACUUCCAGUGGCGGCAGCAGCACCGAAUCUCCGCUGGAGCAAGCACAGCCACAAGGCCAAUGCCUCCUCGACGGCCUCUGGGUGGCCGAGACGACGGUGCAUUGCGAGAAGCAGACAAGCUGCCGUGCCAUCCAGCGUACAGGACACUGUUGUCCCGAUUAUAAAUGCGAUUGCGAAAAGGAUGGCAAAACUUAUGCGAAUGGUUAUAAAUUGGUUGAUCCGGAUACACCCUGCACCGUAUGCUACUGCAAAGGUGGUGAGAUUGUGUGCAGUUCCGUAACCUGUUUCCGGCGCGACGAUUGCAUGCCCAAAUACGUGCCUGGACGCUGCUGUCCGGAGUAUGACAAUUGUCCAAUUCUCGACAACAAUCCAUCGUUGGGGGGCGAGACGAGCAGCGGGGCGUCCACAACCGCAAAACCAGCGCCUAUUGCACCGCCGGCUGGAUUCAAUUGGAAUAUCACGAUUAAGGAGAUAACCAAGCCGACGGAAAUACGCAUCACGGAUGACAACCAUAAGGUGAAGCAGACAAUUCCCACACGCAAAGUGGCCAGCACUGAGGGGCCAACCACAGCAGCCAGCACAACAACAACGACGACAUCAACAGCAGCAGCGCCAACAACAACAACAACAGUUGCAGUCGAGAGCACAGCAGUGACAACAGUGACAACAGCAACAACAGAGCCAACAGCAACAGCUACAACAGUUGUUACGACAGCAGCAACUGCAGCAACGCCAACAACCGACACGCCAGCAACACCAACGUCUAGUUCAGCACUUAGCCAAGACACAAACCAAAAAGCACUUCCAGUCAACAGCAGCGAAAGCUUAAAGCUAAUUGCCUCAGUGGCCUAUAACACACUUGGGCCACAACAGAAGCCGCUGGUCACCUACAAUGCCGACGGAUUGCAGCCGCUGGCCGAGAAUGAUCCCAGCAAGGUGAACAUUAAGAGGGAGUACACCACCGAGGGUGCACCAACGGCAUCUGUGGCAAGUGGUGAUGCACUAUCCCUGGGACUAAGCUCCGCAUUUAUGCAGAAUGGAUUCCGUGAUGCUCUCGUGGACAGUGGAGCUGCCGCGGCAGAGUUGGAGCCGGACACGGCGGGCAGUGAUAAUAUUUACCACAUUAUAUCCACCACAGAAGGACCAAGUAGUGGUGGCAGCACCACCACGGAGCGGCAACUGAGCACCGAUGGACCCACUGCCAGUAGCGAGAUGAGUUCCACUUAUGGCUAUGAAAACAGCACCACGGAGAUGGGGUUGAGCACUGAGGGAUUGGUGGCUGCCAGCAGCAGUGAAUCUCCAGUUUCCAGCUCCACACACACAGUGCAUCAUAUGGAGGAGGAUGAAGUGCCGCAGGUGGAGUCCAAUCCUGCCUAUCCAUCGCUGCCCGAGGAUGACUUCAGUCUACGCGAUGUGAACUUUCCGCUGGUGGAACUAGAGGAUAUUGUGGAGGCGGAGAACAAGGAUGAGCAGCGCAGCAUUGUCAGCGCCUUUGAGCGGGACAACAAGCGCACCAAGCAGGUGACCGAGUCCACUCUGGACACGAGUGGCAGUGGAAACGGCAGUGGCAGUGGAGACAUGGAACUCUAUCAGCCCUUGCCCUCUCCCUCGGAUCAUAUGCUGGCCCAGGGCUCCUCCAUAUCCCAAGUACCACUGAUGUACAGUGCCGAGGACAUUUCCGCAGAGACGCGCAUUCAAAAUGUCAGCGAGCUGGCCAAGAUUAGGCGUAGUCAAAGUGAAAACGAGACCAGCGGAGAGUUGGAGAGUGGCAGCGGCAACGGCAGCGGCAGUGAAGAAUUGAGAGAGCCAACAACUCCCAAAGCCAUCUAUGUGCCAGUGCAAGACAUUGAUGAGCUCGGCUCUGGCGCUGGCCAGGCACAGAGUACGGCACAGGAUCCCAAGGCAGAUGCUGAGAGCCUCAAGCUGGAUGAGAGCCAGGAGCAGACAGCUGGCGACAAUAAGGCGACGACAAGAGCCGAAAAGAGUUUCGUGGAACAGAGUGAAGCGGGGGCGGGAGUAGAAGUGGGUCAACGACUAGAUAGACUCUACCUGAAGCGAAUAUACUGAGAGAUCGAGCAGGUAGCACAAGAAACUUUGGUGUAUAUACAUACUAUAAUACAUAGCAGAGCUGUAAUUCCCAACAAUUACCAUUGCAAUUACUUAAGUAAUUCAAAGGAAAGCAAUUGGUAAUUGAGAGCGUAUUUAAGUAUUCGAAUUACAGCUCGAGUACCUAGUAGAUAGGCAAUUAUCGACGAUCAAUCGCCUUCGAAAAUUUCAACAGCAAAGUGAGCAAAAAGUCUUAAGUUUAAGUAGCAAGAGAAACGAGAAGAAACAUUAAAAAUUUAUCAUUUCCAUAGACUGCAAACUAAAUUUUUAAUGCAAAAAACAGAAAGAAAAAAAACUACUCUAGCGAUAUGCGAACUAAAAUUUGAAUUUAUAUAUAUAUAUAUAUAUAUAUACCUAUUUAGUUAAGUAAUUAUGCCUAAUAAUUAGAAAAAAUUAUAUAUGCAAAAAAAAAACAACAAAAAAAAAAACAAGAAAAAAGAGGAACAACAAUGAUUGAAGAAGAUCCAUUUAACUAAAUGCUGGGCUACCCAAAUGCAAUAAAUAUACAUAUAUGUUUAUUUUUCCAACUACUCGUAUUUGCACCAAGCGUGUCAAAUAAUAGCCUAGUUGUAUUUUUAUUUAUUCUCAUAUAAAUAACCAAACAUUUUUCUACUUUAAGUAAAAAUAUAAAACAAAAGAAAAGAAAUCAAUUCACAUUGCCACAUCCACACACACACACACACACACACACACACACACACACACACACAAACACACACACAUACAUACACAUAUAAAGCGCCCACAUAACAAAACUUCAUCAUUUUAUUUAACAAUGAUUUUAUUUAAUAUUUAAUUUAUUGCAUAAAACUAAAUCCAAUUGCUCUAGUGAUGAUUUCUAUUAAUGCAAAUAAUAUAGUCCUGUUCGAUUUGAAAAGCUUUUAAGUUUAGACUGAGUAUUGAAAGUUUUAAUUUAAAGCAACUACUUUAAUUAUAAUUUAUAAAUAACAAGAAAUUAAAUAAAUGUUAUGCCUGUAACUAAUUAAUGAAAAAGUGUCAAAAGAGCAGUCAAGUUUUUUUAGUUAGUUUUAGCGAGCGAAACUAAGAGCAAGAAAAAUCAAAGUAAAAAUCAAUAAUUUAUUAAGGCGCGCAAAAGUUUAGUUAUGUAAGGCAUUAAAUAUUUGCACAAUUAUUUUAAAAUAAGUAAACAUAAAUAUAAAAUCAAAAUGAAAAAUUACUUUAACUAGCGUAAAUUUAGUAUCAAGUUCAUUUUCAUGUGUACGAAUAAUAAUAAAUGAAUAUAAAUAGUAA